ACCAGGUCUGCCUCCCGCCACGGCCUGAUGCCGACAUACCUCACAUUCUCCUUUGCAACACCGCAUAAAAGCGCCGAGCAAUGCAUCCAAUCGACCAAAGCUGCGCUCGGACUCUGAGAUGUCAGGUGAUGCCGGAAAAACGGCGGGCUGUACUCGGGAGACGGCUUUGGCCGACGACCGUGGCCGACAAGGGCGUGGCCAGCGUGGCACAGGUCGCGGUCACCAGGCCAAAAAUCUCGCCGCCUGUUGAUGCACGACCUUCAAUGCACGGAGGAUAUUCGGAACACAUGCCAUCUGACACUCGACUCGGUAUUUAUAUUUACACAUACCUGCAGAGCCGAUUCUCGUUCCUUCUGCCUUCACCAUGCCCGCAAGCACCACGAAUCUCGUACGCGCGCUGCUGCAAUUGACUUUCGCGUCGCUCGUGCUGGGACAAGCGCCGGUGUAUGGACAGUGUGGUGGGAUGAGUUUCUCGGGACCGACGACUUGCGCCGCUGGGUCGUCUUGCGUCUUCAGCAACCCAUGGUACAGCCAGUGCAUUCCCGGCGCUGUUCCGCCAACCUCGACCGCCACUGCACCGCCUACGACCCCAACCGGUCCCGUAAACUUCUGGUUCGCUUUCGGGGACAGUUACACUACGACGAGCUUCGACCCCACCAUGACCCUCCCCUCGGUCGGUAACCCGUUGGGCAAUCCUCCCUUCCCAGGAUUUACCGGCGGAGGAGGCGAAAACUAUGUCGGAUACGACACGGUGACGUACAACAAGUCCACCAUCCUGACCUACAACUACGCCUACGGAGGCGCCACCAUCAACGGGACGCUCGUUCCCCCAUACCUGCCGACAGUCCUGUCGCUGAUUGACCAGGUCACUGAAUUCACAACUGGACCGAUUGUCAAGAAGCCUGUGAACGCGCCGUGGACAAGCUCCAAUGCGUUGUUCUCUAUCUGGAUUGGAAUCAAUGACCUCGGAAACACAUUCACUAAUCCCAACAUUACGUCCUUAAACAAUGUCUUCAUGUCCGAAUACUUUGUGCAGGUGGAGAAACUUUGCCGCUGGAGCAAGGAACUUCUUGUUCAUCAACGUCCCCGCCAUGGAUCGAUCGCCCUUGGUUCGGGACCACGCCUUCUGCUUUGGUCCCUCCAGCUCACAGAGUCACAGAUCAUGUCUCAGGGUGCCAGCAAUUCAGCGCUGGAGAAGGUCGCCAUCGCUGACUACAAUGCCAAACUCAAAACCAACGUGGCCUCAUUUGCGGCCUCGCAUGCCGGGGUCAAAACUUGGCUCUGGGACUCCAACACCGUCUUUAACACCGUUUUGGACUCUCCCACAACGUACGGAUUUGUGGAUGCUGUCAGUUUCGGAAACACGGGCGAUUUCUGGGGCAACAACUACCACCCUGGGCCUGCCGCGCAUCAGAUCUUUGCGAAGGAUAUCGCUGCGCUGAUGAAUUCGACCAUCUGGUUCUGAAUUCGACCAGUAAUUGAUCAAUCAAUAGUCAAAUUUGUAACACUGCGCAGCCAAUUAGUCUGAUGCUCUCAGUUCUAUAGCCGCUCUCAGUUCUAUAGCCGCUCUCAGUUCUAUAGCCACUCUACCUGAGUGAGUUGAGGAAAUUGCCUACUCA